CUCCGGGUACUCCGGUUUCCCCCCACAGUCCAAAAACAUGCUGAGGCUAAUUGGAGUUACUAAAUUGCCCGUAGGUGUGCAUGUGUGAGUGAUUGGUGUGUGAGUGUGCCCUGCAAUGGGCUGGCCCCCCAUCCUGGGUUGUUCCCUGCCUCGUGCCCAUUGCUUCCGGGAUAGGCUCCGGACCCCCCCGACCCAGUAGGAUAAGUGGUUUGGAAAAUGGAUGGAUGGAUGGAUGUCUGAGCAAGUAUACCCAGGGUCACCCCUAUAACAUCGCCUAUGCCUAAGACAAUUGUUUGUUCACUUGAACGUACAGUAUUUACACAACAGCGGCGUUAAUUAUUAAUGCAGUGUUUUUACGAAGGUACUGAAUAAGAUUGUUGUUUAAAUUCGGUCAUAUUGGCGUAAUAAUUCCUUAUAUUUGGUUAUGUUAUGUUCAUGUUCAUUAUCAUUUGAAAUGAUUAUAUCGAAUUGUUAACUAAAUUAUAAUAAUCGCAAUAAGAUUACCAUCGGAUUACACUUCUAGUUACUACAUACAAAAAAAAAAAAAUUGAACUGCACACGAAUCGUCGGUUUUGAACUGCGUCGAAGUCUUGACUUGAUAACCCGAAACCUACAAUCUACAAUCCUAGCGGCGUUUUAAGUUGCUUUUUCGCCAGGGCCAUAAUUAUUUGCAUAUUCAUUGCCCCCCUUUGUGAUAGGGAUUACGUGAAUAUAAAGAAUAAAUAUAACCGAAACAUAUCUAUACCGUGUUCACAAACACAAGAGAUAUUAAACAUUGAAUCCGUACUUGGUGGUCAAUUUCUCAAUAUAACAGCAACCACUGAUAUAAUGAAAUUUCUCCAAGCAAGAACAAAGUAAAGACCGUUUACUCAAGGUUAUUCGUCUUCCAUAUACAGUACCAUAUCUGUAACCAUAAUAUUUACGACAGCACAGAAUUUUGCGACAGUCGACAUGGGGUUUACGUUAGGGAUGUUGCAAUUGAUAGCUCGUUGUAAACUUGUGACAGAAAACACUACAUUUAUGAUACAAUAAAUAUUCAGAAUUAUAUUUGUGUGUCAAAAAGCCGAGCAGAGAACAAGUAUCAUACUGGGCUUUUAAACUUAAUAUGGUGGGCUUUGACCUAGAUGCCCACCGCUGCCUUACAAAUGCUGUUUGUCGCUGAGCAGUAGAUGUAUCGAAUGCGGUGUGAAGUUGGUUUAUUGUUUUUAUGUUAAAUGUGCUGAGGUCUUGUAAAUAUGUCGAAGGAAGUCCGGAAUAACUAAUUAAAAAAUAUUAUCCCUGUUAAAAACAGGCGCAGAAUAAAAACUACAAAAUCCAUAUUGCCUCCGCGGUUGUCCUGGUGCCACGCGCACCUGUUGCCGCGGCGCCGGCUGUCAGUUUCUUCUUUCACACAAAGUGAGACAGGAUGGAAGCGAAAGACGAGCAGAUUCUUAGCGGUGACCCGCCGGAGAGCCCGAGCGGCGUAACGGGAAAGGACACCACCGGGAAAGCCAUGGACCUGGAAGCGGAGGCUGGAGACGCGGAGGCUGAGGAGGUGGAGGCGGUCGUCGAGGGCUUCCCCCGUCCCUGUAUAUCCUGGGAGCGACGCGCCGGACCGAGCAGCUCCGAGGAGUCGCAGGCCUUCGGCUCAAAUGAUGGGAUCGACGAGCACUCCCUGCCUUUGGCAGAGCUGUUCCCCUACAUUUGCUGCACUAUUUGUAAGGGAUUCUUCAUAGAAGCCACCACCAUCACAGAAUGCCUGCACACAUUCUGUAAGAGCUGCAUCGUCAAGCAUUUCUUUUACAGCAAUAGAUGUCCUAAUUGCAACAUUGUCGUGCAUCAGACGCAGCCACUGUACAAUAUCAGACUCGACAGGCAACUGCAGGACAUUGUCUUUAAGAUGAUCCCCCAACUGGAAGAAAGGGAAAGAGAAAGAUUGCAUAGUUUUUACAAAGAGAGAGGACUUGAGGUGCCAAAACCUGUGGGUCCCUCUCCUGUGGCUUCCGCAAAGGCCCCGAAGCAGAAGAAGAGCCCGCUGGCCCGGUCGGUGUUCACCAUCCCGACAGAGCUGGACGUCUCGCUCGUGCUGGAGUUUGUGGGAGCAGAAGAGGGCAUUGACAACUACAAGCCCCUGGAGAGGAAGUACGUGCGGGUGUCGGGGGAGGCUACCAUCCACCACGUGGAGCUCUUCAUCAGGAGGAAGAUGGAGCUGAACCCUGCCUGUCAGGUGGACGUCGUCUGUGGGGACCACCUGCUUGACCGAUACCAGUCAUUGAGGGAGGUCCAGAAUGUCAUGGGAGAAGGUGCGCUUCAGGAUGGACUUCUCGUGCUGCAUUUUGGACUCGUGCAGCCUCCCCAGAGAUGAGUAGGGGAGGGCAGAUCGCGGAGGGUCCCAGGUGGCUCGGACGCAGGGGGUGUGUCGUCUCCCCGUAACAUCGACCAUGCCGUGCAAUGCCUUUUCGCGCUUCCUGAUUACUGCACCUUCUGGGAGGGUUUGACUGCAGUAAUGUUCUCUAAAUGCCUGCAAGGCUGAAUUUUAAAGCUCUUUGAAACAUCAAUGAAAUGCCCCCCAUCCCCAGGAACAGGGCACCUUUCUCUGCUCACAGGGGUACGGACAGUAGAUCCCAGUGUGCUGUAUCCAAAUAAAAACAGAUAUGAAAAUGCUUACAUCAAGGGCUAAAUGUUUUUGCAUGGCAUGUGCACUUGCUAGUAUAUCUGAAUGAAAUUUAUAGGAAAACAGAAGUCAGUCUUUCAGAAAGACUGACUGAUGAUAUUGUAAUUAGCAGGCAUAUUGGCUAGAAUUUAACAAGGCCAUCUGUUUUUUUUUUACUCAAUGGUUCUUGAAAUUGGUUCAUAUUUGUAAAUAUUAUCUUUGAAAAAUAAUAAGUAUGCAUUUUAUCCACUGUGAGGAGUUAUUCUGUCCUUCAGGAUACCUUGAGUCAGGGUAAUGUGCUUUGUCUGAAUCCUGGCAAUGAAUCAUUAGGACAACAAUUCAGGGUUCCUUCUGUCAUACUAAACAAUUUUAUCGGGGACUUUUUGCAGUCCACUUUGUUCAGGGAUUUGUCAGUCCUCAUGGAGAGAAAACAAUAUGCAAAGGUUUCACGUGCCACUUGAUUUCAGUGCCGGUGUUUCUAAAGAG